AUGGCGGGACAAGAUGCAGCCGCUGCCAACAUGAAGCAGCAGCGCCGCAACCCGAUCCUCGCCUUUGCGCAGACAGCGACAGGCUCUGAUAGCAGACUCUCGCUGCCAGAUCCCAUAUGGCUGUCGCGUGCUGCCACGAUGCUGCACACUGUGGCGCUUCCAUUCGCAUUCUACUUCAAGCCAGUCGUGGUUUUCGUGGCGCUGUCAUGGCUUUGCCAUCGUGCUUACCAGGUCAUGAAUAAGCCUCUCGAGGAGCUCGCUGGUCUCCUCGGCUUUGAUAUUCCCUGCGAACCCGUCAUCGACCUCGCGAACAUCAAAGCAGACGGCGCAAUCGUUCAUUGGUCAUUACCGGAGAAACCCAGACACAAGACUUCCUUCAAAUUCGAAAUACACCUCAACGGGACCGUCAUUGAUACCUUUUCUGUACAUGAGACUGCGGCCACCAUCUAUGGCCUGCAGCCGGGCUGUUUCUAUGUGGUCAGAGUAUCGCUGGUAAACAAUGUCGAGUUCAGCUCUCGCAGCUUUCCCAUACGAUUCCGGACGAAAGCUGCUUCGACCAACGACUUUUUUGUGGCUCCGCUGGAUGGAAUGGAUACAGACGCAGAUGAGGUGCAUGUUCCAGUCCCCAGAGCGAGGCCGUACAAGGGCCUUAAAGAUAUCGGUCCAGCAGGUGCCGAUACUGUACCAAUGGCCCGGGAGGGAAGCAUUGGUCUUGGACCUAAGCGGAGUCUGACUGGUGCCCGCCGACCUUCCCCUGCAGUCAUCGGCGUUGAGAAACACGAUCCGCCUGCUGACGAGAACGAGCCUCCCGAGGGCGCCGAGACGAUACACCAGUUGACAGAGAAAUUGGAUCAGAUCAGGCGGGAGACGGAGGAGGCUGAUAAGCAGGCUAAAGAGGAGGAAGAGGAGGAAUUGCGCUUGAAAGAUGAAUUGAACAAGCAGCGAGAUGAGCUGAAGGCCGAGGUGACGGAGAACGACAAGAACAGUCGCAAUCUCAAGAAAGAGGUGAAUACGCUCGAACGCCAAAAUACUGUCGCGCAAAACGAACGCACGAAGCAGGACCGUUUAUUACAGCAGAAGAAGCAGGAACGACAAAAGUUGAAGGACGACAUGAAGCGUUGGGAGCAAGAGGCGGAAGCGAUGCGCCAGGAGCUGGACAACAUCAAGCGGAAGAAGGAAGCCAAGUUCAGAGACGCUGAGAAGGAGAAGGAGACACUGCGCGCUAGGCAAGCAGAGGAGGCUGCAGCCCUCAAAGCUUUGGAUGAGGAGGUGAAGGAGAAGAGUACCGAGAAGCAGAAGCUGGAGCGUGCGGUUAGGAACUCAUCUCCUUCGGAAACGUUCGAGUCCGAGCCCAAUAUGGUACAGCAGCUACAACAAGAGGCCGAGGAAACGAGACUGUGGGAGCUGCAACACAGCCAGAUGCAAAGCCAUUACGCAGCAGCCUAUCAGAAACUGGAGCAAGCUAAGCGGUUUCAUAGCGAGCAGCGAGCAUAUCUUGACCAGCUGCGUGCACGGAGACGACAAGAAGAAGAAGCCGCUCAGUAUGCGUCACCACCAGCAACUCAGGACCGUCUACCGCAUAGAGGUGACAGUCAGCGGUCACGCAGAGCACAAAGUGGGCACAGUUCUUCGGACAGUCCUCGUCUGGCCGGAUUCCCGAUCACAUCUGCGCCCUUCGCCUCCGGCAUGACCACCACAAUGUCACCCUUUAGUUCCGCGCCAUUCUUGAACUUCACCAACGGCAUGACUGUACCAGGACCUACGGAUGGACUAGGGAUGUCAGACGAGGACAGGGAAAGAAUCACAGGUGGCGCUCCAAUGAGUCCUGGGGCUGGCGUUGAAUAUCUCCCGGCUGAUUUGUUUGGCGAUGGAGAUAAUAAGUUGUCGUCAGACUUCAUUCAGCCCUUACCUGGGCUAGGAGCUUUACCUGGUCUAGGAGGAAUGCCAAACUCGAUGCAUCAAGUACUACCAGACCCAGGACCUGCAUCUCCGACUAGCGGCCCCAGUAGUCGAUCGCCAAGCGUAUUUGCCAGCCCACAAGCAAGUCAGCAGAACUUGCAUAUAGGCUCGCCGGAGAACGUCCUAGACUCGGACCGACGAUCCAUAGGAUCUAAUCGUUCGACGCGAGCGGCCAGUGGCAGUGGGGCAGGCAGUCGAUUCAGUGCCAUGUUCGGGAUCAAGCAACGAGCAAAGACGAACCCCGCGGAUGAGCCACCAGCGCUGGGGAAAGCACAAAGCCAUUCCAUGCCACGGACCGACCAAGGCAUCCCGGGUAUUGACUCCAACACCAGGAAGAGGAACAGCAGCAUCUCGGGCAGUGCCUUCGCUUUGGGAGGCGAGAGCAGCUUUGACAACCCUGCCCCUCCCCCACCUUCCAUGAGGAGUCGAGCGAUUGGUCUCUUCUCACGUCACGACAAGAGCGACGGCUGGCCGAGCAGCUUCAUCCGAAGGCCGGCAUCUCCAAGACCUGGCUCGACUCAUUCCAACGAGUUGCCUAGGCCGUCUUUUGACAGCAGUCGCUGGGGCGUUGGUGUCGAUGGCUGGCCCUCUAAUGACGCCGCCGCUGGCGCUAGAAGCAGCCCCUUGGCGUUCGGAUCGACGACAAGCUGGAAUGCGCCGUCUUCGCAACAGUCUCGUCUUUUCGGCUCUCGCCAUCCAUCUCGCCGACCUUCUGCCCAGUACGGUGCCAGCGGUCCUCCUGAAGACAUCUUGGAAGGUUCAGAUUCGGAUGGCUAUGACUCAGAUCGGGCUCAGCAGCUAGGUGCAAUUGGCACAAGACCACCUCCUGGUUCGAAGAAGGCAGAGAAUGCUCCUGCAGUAGAAGUGCUACCCAAGUUGAACCCAAACGCCAAGAGCUUCACCGGCUGGUUCGGUAGCAAGAAGGGCAAAUCGAAGGAAACUGCCUCAGGCAGCGGAACACCGAAUCUCGACAAAGGUGAUUGGGACGAGUCACCACCGAACAGCCGCAAAUCGAAGGACACUCGCGACACACGCUCCAUAACCACCGCUGAAUCCUCCAUUGCCGAGUCCUCUCGCAACUCCACCGAUCUGGCUCGAACACCUUCCUACACCACAUCCGACGCAGCUCCCUCUCCACUCUUAGCAGGCAGCUCAGCAGGAAAGGAAUCCUUCAUGCAGAAACUCAGCCGCAAGUCAAGCAGUAGCAAAUUCACCCUUCCCACCUUCAAGCGCGAGAAGAGCAAGCUCGACACCGGCCUCGGCACUCCCACCUCAGCACCCACCGAGGAGGAAGACGCCGAUCUCAGCGCGAGCGUCAGCAGUCUGCAGCAGCCACGAGAGAGCAAGGAAGGCAAUAGGGGUAGUGGGAGGAAUUGGGGGAAUGUCCUGAAGCGUGGAAGUACCAAGAAGAAGGGGAAUGAGACGCCGAGUCUUAGCGGGAUGAGUAUGACUACGAGUGGGACUGAGGAUAAUGAUGAGGAGUAG